AUGGUGACUGAGACCCGUUAUCAAGCUUUGGAGACGGCGAUUGAAGAGCUAAAGCUACAGCAACAAGAGGAUCGGAAGCGAAUGGAAUCUCGAUUAGAAGAUUUGUUCCAGCUGAUGACUUCCUUUGCAACUAAGGCUGAAGCUACUAAAGGGGUGAAAGAGGUGGGAGCCACUAAGGAAAUGGAUGGCGAUUCUUCUCCAACUCAUUUAGGAUCGGUGUCCAAGCUUAACCGAGGACCUUCACCAAGCAACCCUGCAGCUGUUACGACACCCAAACAACUUCCGGAGAAUGGUAUGUUCCAAUUGCGAGCUUCUCAACUUGAAUUUCCUAAGUUCAAUGGUGAUGAAGCUAAGGAAUGGGUAGCUACUUGCAAUCAAUUUUUUGAGUUUUGCACAGUCAGUGAAAAUGCUAAGGUACCAUUUGCGUCUAUGUACUUCUCUGGCCAAGCUACCUCAUGGUAUAACUCCUAUCGUAAGAAGCAUCCGGGGGUAUCAUGGGAUCAAUUUGUUGUUGAUUUGUUGUAUCGAUUUCAUGAUGAGGAGAAUGAUAGCUUGGUGGGCGAAUUUUCUAAGCUCAGGCACACUACUACAGUGGAGGACUAUCAGAAUCGUUAUGAAGAGCUGUUGCCUUAUGCAGAGGAGGCCAAUGGACAAGGAUUCACCAAGCAAUACUUGAUAGAAUCUUGUUUGUCUGGGUUGAAGGAAGAGGUCAAAGUUAUAGUGAAGUUGUUUAAGCCAAAUACCGUUAGUGAGGUAUUUAAUGUGGCCAAAUUGGUAGAGUCAGGGUUUCAUCCUACUGAUAAAAGGAUCAGAGCUGGGGCAUGGCGCUCUCCUCCUCGUCCAAAACCAAACCUUCCCUUGCCUCCCUUGCUACCUACCCCACCAUUGGAGAAGAAGCUUCCUACUGCGACCACUAGUUUACUCAACAUGAACCCGAGUCGAUCUCAGACCAUACCAACUGCUAGGAAAUUGACCCCAGAUGAGUAUCAAAGGCGGAAAGAACAAAACUUGUGUUUUAAUUGCGAGGAGAAAUUCUUCAAAGGGCACCAGUGUAAUAAGAGGCAAUUGUACUAUAUAGCUACUGAUGAGAAUGAAGAGGGAGCAGACAAUCUGGAGCAUGAGCAGUUUGAUGUGCAAGAGGAAGACCCAGAGAUACUAAUGUUUCCCGUCAAUGCUGUGUUGCGAUCCAAUGCUGUUUGUUUCAAAGGCAAUCAUAAGGGUACGGAAAUGAGCUUCUUAAUUGAUUGUGGAGCAGCUGAAUCUUUUAUCAAUCGAAACACAGCCCACAAAUUGCAAUGUAAACUGGACCAAACAACUAAGGUACUUGCAGUUUCCUAUAAAGGGGAUUAUGAGCCGGUCGACAAAAUGUGCAAGAAUUUUCCCUUUAACAUCAAGGGUUAUGAUUUCACUGCUGACUUAAGAGUGGUUCCGGUCGAUGGUUAUGAUGCGCUGCUAGGCUUGGAUUGGUUGGAGAAGAUGGAUGUCACCUGCAACUUCAAGUCCAAGACACUAUUCUUCGAUUACAAGGGUGAGGCUGUUAAGAUACAAGGAGACAACACAAGCUCUAUUCCAAAAGUUAGCAGGAUAUCGGCUAUCCAUUUGCAACAGUGUGACCAUCAGCAGAUUGCAGCGUUGGGCUUCAUUGCCACAGUGAAAACUGAUAGUUCUGGUGACUUGUCUACAGAUCUAGAGGUUAUCUCUCUUCUACGCCAGUUUUCGGAUGUGUUCACAGAACCCAAAGGUUUACCUCCUCCCCGAACUUAUGAUCAUCAAAUUCCUCUAAAGGUUGGUGCGGAACCCUUUAAGUUCAGAGCCUACAGGUACCCGUUCAUUCAGAAGCAAGAGAUUGAAUGGAUAGUUAAGGAGCUCUUAAGCAAUGGGGUGAUACAGGAGAGCAAUAGUCCCUUUGCCUCUCCAGUUCUAUUAGUCAAAAAGAAAGAUGGAUCAUGGCGCUCCUGUGUUGACUAUAGAGAGUUGAACCGAUUAACUAUAAAGGAUAAGUUUCCUAUACCUUUAGUUGAUGAACUCUUGGAUGAGCUACAUGGGGCUCUUUUUUAUUCUAAAUUGGAUCUCCGAUCGGGGUACCAUCAAAUUCGGGUUCAACCACAAGACAUAUUUAAGACUGCUUUUAGAACUCAUAUGGGCCACUAUGAGUUCAAGGUGAUGCCAUUCGGUUUGACGAACGCCCCAGCAACCUUCCAAGCACUUAUGAACUCAAUAUUUCAACCUUUCCUGCUCAAAUUUGUUUUAGUUUUCUUUGAUGAUAUCUUGGUUUAUAGUCGAAGUUGGAGGGAUCAUCUUAUGCAUUUGCAGACGGUUUUACAAGUCUUGCGGGAUCAACAACUCUUUGCUGAGGAGUCCAAGUGCAGCUUUGGUCAGAGCCAUAUUGAGUAUUUGGGGCAUAUCAUAUCUGUAGAUGGAGUCUCAGCUGAUAAAACUAAAGUUCAGGCCAUGUUAGAUUGGCCAACUCCCAAAGGCAUUAUAGGAUUGAGAGGGUUCUUGGGCCUUACAGGGUAUUACAGAAAGUUUGUGAAAGGAUACAGGGAGCUUAGCAGACCUUUGAAUCAGUUGUUAAAAAAGGACAAAUUUUUAUGGGAUGAUAGUGCUCAUCGGUCAUUUGAACUUCUGAAGCAGGCCAUGAGUUCAACUCCUGUUUUGGGCCUCCUAGAUUUUACUAAACCUUUUGUUAUUGAGACUGACGCAAGUGCGACUGGUUUGGGGGCAGUUUUGAUGCAAGACGGCCCGCCAUUGGCUUAUAUGAUUCAAUCACUAGCUAACCAACAUUUGGGACUCUCCACCUAUGAGAGAGAAAUUAUGGCAAUUGUGCAAGCUGUUAACAAGUGGAGGCCUUAUUUGUUGGGACACAAGUUCAUUGUAAAGACAGAUCAUCAGAGCUUAAAAUUUUUUAUAGAACAAAGGUUGUCUACCAUCAUACAACAAAAAUGGUUAAGUAGACUGAUGGGUUUUGAAUUUGAAAUUCAAUACAAGAAAGGGUCUUCUAAUGUUGUGGCCGAUGCUUUAUCCCGCCAACAAGAAGAAUUACCUGUGUGUGCACUCUCUUGUGUCACACCCAAGUGGAUGCUUGAAAUUGGAGCAAGUUAUGAAGCAGAUCCUACAGCUGCAGAAUUACUAGCCAGAGCUACCCUUCAAUCUUCAGAGGAUAGUCACAUCUCUUUUACCAAUGGAGUGAUAAGGAUAAAUGGUAAAUUCUAUGUUGGUCCUACUGGGUUACGACCUAAAAUUAUUUCAGAAUUUCAUAGUAGUGCAUGGGGAGGUCACUCAGGCGUCACCACCACUCUAAAGAAAAUUCAGCAAACUUUUUAUUGGCCAACUAUGAUUCAAGAUGUUAAGACUUUGAUUGCGGAGUGUCAAGUGUGUCAGACAUGCAAAAGUGAAAGAUUUCCUUAUCCUGGAUUGUUACAGCCAUUGGAUAUUCCAGAGCAACCUUGGGUGGAUAUCUCUAUGGAUUUUAUCGACGGCCUACCUUCCUCUGAGGGCAAAACAUCAAUCUGGGUAGUUGUUGAUCGAUUCAGCAAAAUGGCACAUUUUUUGGCUUUGAAACAUCCAUUUAUGGCACAAGACCUAGCUACUCUCUUCAUGGAUCAGAUCCAUCGUCUUCACGGCAUGCCGAGGAGUAUUAAGAUGUCCCCAUUCGAGGCACUCUAUGGAUUUCCUCCUCACGGUGAAUUUCCACCAAAUCUCAAUUCCAGCCACACGGGGCUCGAGCAGUUUGUUUCUGAUCGAGCUGCCAUGUUAGCCGCCAUCAAAACCAAUUUGCAGCUUUCCCAAGAACGGAUGAAAUGGUAUGCAGAUCAGCACCGCAGCGAAAGAGAGUUCACAGUCGGUGAUUGGGUUUAUCUUAAGCUCCACCCUUAUCGCCAAACAUCAACAACUACAAGACCCAACCAAAAAUUAGCUCCUCGCUUCUUUGGGCCUUUUCAAGUGUUGGCUCGAGUCGGGAAGGUGGUAUAUACACUUGCUCUUCCGGAAGGCAGCUCAAUUCAUCCUACCUUUCAUGUCUCUCUGCUCAAACAGAAAUUGGGAGCUCACGAGGUGUUGAAUCCAUCCUUGCCACCAGUCGGUCCUGAUGGGCAAGUGUUGCGGGAACCGAUGAAGAUAUUAGACCGCCGCAUUUAUAAAAAGGGUACCGUGGCUGGAGUUCAGGCCCUAGUGCAAUGGGUAGGCUUUCCUGAGAAAGAUGCUACAUGGGAAGACCUUGAUUCACUUCAGGCCUUGUUUCCCUCUAUUUCCUUGGAUGUGCUCUCUACAGGGUGUCGUGCUUCUUGA